AUACCAUUGGAAAUAUUAUAUAAACACAUCAAAAACGCCACGAUGAAAGACCUAUACCUCUGAACAAGACCUGAUCCAAGAUGCUGCUUCCGAAAGAGUCUGAGACGAGUUCAACCUACGUCAUUGACCAACCAUAUUAAGAGAGGAUUUUUUUGAAUACGACGACAACUAUGUUCCUGACGACGUAUCAUCAGAUUGGUUCCCAUGACGACGAGCUGGAAGAUGGUAGCCAAUCACAACCCAUAGAGGAGAAAGACAUAGAUCCCAGUAAAGAGAAAUUAUAUAUAAAGAAGUGUUGUCAAAAGGUUGAAUCAUAUUUCAGGCAAAUCACAGUUGAACCUGUAAUAUUUUGCUAUGCAUUUGGAAUCAUUCUUCACGUUCCUGUGAUUCAACAGUACAUUCACAAAAGAAUCAGUGAAGAGAAAGGACUUAUCUACAACUCAACUGAAAGCAGAAGCAGUUGUGAGCCGUUUCCAAUGGUAACCAGUGAGGAUACGAAACGGAUUCAGAGACAGGUCCAAUCAGAAUCCUCAUACAUGCAGCUAGGUCUAGUCUUCUCGGCUAGUGCGCCGUCACUGAUAGUCGCGCUUAUCUUAGGAGCCUGGUCCGACCAUGUUGGUCGUAAAAAAGCCAUGGGUUUACCCUUAUUUGGAAGUGCAAUAGAAACUGCUUUGGUAUUGGUCGUUAUAUAUUUAAAGCUACCGAUUACAACGCUUCUGAUUGGUGCUUUCUUUGUUGGAUCGUGUGGGUCUUUCCCGACAAUGGUUCUGUCAGUCUUUUCAUACAUCGCUGACAUAACAGACGAGUCCGAGCGUGCUUUUCGUCUUGGUGUUCUUGAAGCCAUAGCUUUCCUUAGCGGCAUGCUAAGUCAUCUUACAAGUGGGUACCUGGUUUAUAACAGCGGUUUCCGCCCUCCAUAUUGGGUUAUUUUAUUUCUUCAUACUUUUGCAUUCUUCUACGUCGUUUUUAUUCUUCCUGAAUCGCGCAUACCGGUGAACCAAGCCAAAAAAUCUGAAUUCAAAUUCUUUAGCGUAAAUCACGUUAUAGCCAUUGUUCAUAUAUUUUCCAAGCCUCGAUCUGGUGGUCAUUGGCGCAUGGCACUUUUGAUGAUAAUCUCUGGCCUGAUGAUCAUGUGCUCAAUUGGAUUUGGUAGUAUUAUUGUAUUGUACGCACUGGAUCGACCGUUAUGCUGUAACGCCAUCAUGAUUGGAUACUACUUAGCGCUAAGUUUUUGCGUCCAGGCAAUAGGCGCGGUCCUGGGACUGAAAUUUCUGGGAAAUAUCUUAUCUGACCAUAGGUUGUUGCAAGUAGGAAUGACGUCAAUAAUCUUGUCGUUAUCGGUCAUGGCGUUCGUUACAAGCAGACAAACGCUAUUUGCUAUUCCAUUUGUAGCCUGUCUCGGUGGAAUCCCUACGCCAACAAUAAGAGCAAUGAUGUCUAAGAUGGUUGACCCAGACGAACAAGGUUCCUUGUUUGCUGCCAUCGCUACCCUGGAAACGCUUUGCACGCUGGUCGGUGCACUCAUCUUUAACUCAAUCUAUCCGCUGUUCAUACAAGUGGGAAUGAAAGGGUUGACGUUUGUCGUUAUGGCUGUAUUGAUGACCAUAGCUUUCAUCCUGGUCGAAUUUGUUAGGAGAAAAGACAGAACAUAUUCAGCAAAAAAGGAAGUGGAAAUUGCUGAAGAAGAGCCUGGAUGAACUUGAUCAAUCAGGUGCCAUUGAUAACACAGUUUGAAACUACUUUUCACUGAGUCAAGCAACAGAAAAAAUGAG